CCGGGUAAACACAACAGCGUGGAGACGUAAGCAUGCAAGUGAGAGUUUAUCUAAUAUUUAAAGCAACGCCGCGUCAACCCAAGUCCGCAAUAUCCCGGACAGAGUAACGAGAACAGAACUUCUGACCAACGAAUGAUCCUUUAAACCAGGAUUUCCGCCACCCAUGUACCCUGUAUAGACAGCCUGACAGUUGUAACUAAACACGUGAUCCCCAGACUAUAUAAUACAGAUGCACAUUAAUUGAUGAUAAAACUGUUAGUGGGGCGCGCAAUACGUUACACAUCUGACCAAUAGCGUUAGAUUCCCGGAAUACUGCUGUGAUUUCUACACUUAGGUAUAUGUGUUAUCCAUAUUUGACAGGGAUCGUCUGGUAGCGACCUCACGGAUACUACUCUGGCUUGAAAAUGACAUCCUCAGCGUGUAUGUACCUGGCGGUCGUAAUUUUGUGUUUAGGCCUGUUUGUGUCGGGAGAGAUUCCCUAUACCAAUUAUGAGUAUGAGAUUGAUACGAAACCGCCAGGCAUUAAAGAGGGCUAUGUACUUCCGGAUUCCGUGUACGGGUCCAUUGUUCGACUACACUCUAUCGAGGACGACAUCUGGAAAGGUGAAGUUAAAGAGUACAUCCGGUUAACUGUCACCAGAGGGGAUACCGUUGGGGUUAAUACGAGUUUUCACGUUAUCGGUACUGAUGCAUUCAUGCUUGAUGAGGACAAUUUCCUGGUGGUGAAUAAUUCUGAGGAUUUAGCGGUUUCAACGGAAGUUAUCUUUAAUAUCGUGUUGGUUAAGGAAGACGGCCGAAGAAUUCUAUCCAAUGCCCUUCCUUUAGCCGUUCAUAGGGACAAGCGUGUGGAAGACAAGAACGAGGAGGAAUAUUCACCUGGCGCCGCCAUCUUUGCUGGAGUACUAGUUCUAUUUAUUGUCUUCAUGGCGUUAUUCAUCCCAUUGGUCAUUCGUGCUAAACGGCGUAUACAGGAAGGAAAACAUCCCUUUAAACUCGGAAGUCAUCCAUCCAUGACAAAUCUAAAAGAGGAAGAGGUGACUGGCCUGCCACGAUUGGAAUCUCGUGAACCAAAUUGGUAUCAAAAUACAGUUUUUGACUAUGGGGAUGAGGUAAGGAAGGAGAAAUCCGAAUUCACGCAUGAUAUUAAAGCUAUUGAUGAUAAAGACAAAGUGGAUUCAUUUCAGUUGAACAAAAAGUCAAAGGAGGAUAAAAAAUCUGCUCAGACUGAAUACAAAUCGGGUAAAGGUGAUGUUAAAGGCAUUUUGAAGAAUGGAAAUCAACAUAAGAUAACCACGGCUACUAUCGAGAGAGAGGAGUCCAAACUAUGACAAUUGUCAGAGUACAUAAACUGAAGGCUGUCGUCGGAAUAUAACAGUUACUUACUGCGCCGAAAUGAACAUAUUUUAUAUAUAUUUGUAUGUAUAUAAGUAUUCUGUGAUUUUUUUAGUUUUUAGUUAAGAAGUUUUAAUAUAUAUGUAUAUAUGUAAUUAUAAAACAAAAUAUAAAUUGUUUGUAGAAAACAAUCUAUCUUCACACAUUUUAUGUAUCUUGAGUCUGUAAAUAUGUUAUCAACUUUCACAAUUUCUUUAGAACAUUUCAUGAAAUACCCAUCAUAUUGAUAAAUACAUCAUCAAAUGCAUCAUACACCAAAAAAGAAACACACAUAUCAAUUUAAUAGAUACAUGAUAUGUAUUUAACAUUUAGCAUAUCGAUCAUUUAAUGUAACUCCAAAAUACUAUGUGAUCUUUUUUUAUGUUAAUCCUGAUAAUGAUUGAGUUUGUUCCAUUGGAAUAUACUAAAAUAAAUCAUAUUUACCGAAUAUCUCGAUAAUUUCUUUUAUGAUAAUAUUGUCUUGCUGCGCCCUUGUCACUUUUCUAACAUAUCACGGGUGAGAUACAAUUGUAUGACAUUGCUUCGUUAUAAUCUACAUAAACUUAUACAUAUA